UUUCCCUUUAUCUAGGUCGAUGUUCUUUUCUUAUUUUAAGUAUUCUGGUUUAAACAAACUCCAGAACGUCUAUGAUUAACACGAGUCAUUUAUCAAUGAUCACACCGCUCUCCCGCAGACCCCGGGACCCGCUGUUCGGCGGCGCGCCGUGGGACGAGGAGGAGGAGGAGGAGGAUGGCGGCCCGCCCGUGUCGCAGCCCCCGCAGGACUUCGGUUUCGGGUUCAGCCCUGGCUCGUCCCGAGGCGCCUUCGAGGAGCUGUUCCGCGACAUGAGCGAGCUGCUAGGCGCCCUGGGGGGGUUCUGGGCCGAGCCCCAGCCGCCUUUCGAGCCCGCCCUGCCCGGCCCGGGUGACGGCAGCGCCAGGCGGCCGCUGAGGGACUCGAUGCUGAAGCAGCCGAUGGAAGAUGCUCAUCGGGCUCCUCCUGCCCUCAAGGAAGAUCAAGGUGCAGCAGGGCCGUGGCAGCCCUGGGGACACGGUGCCCGUGGCUGGGCAGUGUCUCAGGGCUCGGCACUCGGCGCAGGCAGUGGAGGAGCGCCGCACCGUGCAGGACAGCCAGGGCCGCCGGGAGACAACGGUGACGCGGCGCAGGGGGGAGCAGGCCUUCAUCACCACCACCAGGGAGGACGGGCAGAGGAAGGACUACCGGGAGGAGGGGAGCUGGCACAGUUCGCUGGCACGUGGCCACAGCAGGAUGAGCUUCGUUCUGCCAACCCGAGUGACCCCUCGUCUCUGCUGGGCAGCUUCUUCCGACGCUGGUUCUCCAGCCGGUAGCUGUGUCCAGUCCUGACUGAGCAGUCCAUAUCAGUGACAGAUGGGUCAGAUCUUGCUGGGAAGUGGUGCCUGGCCACCUCCUGCAGCACUGCAGAGCUACAGAGACCUCUGUGGGGGUCAAGUGUAUGUGUGUACAGAGCAAUAAAGUCUAUUUAUGCUAAAUGGUGACCUUUCAUGCUCCUUCAGACUGGAAUCUCAUGCCUUUGGCCUGCCUCAGAGGUGCAGGUGGUUGCCAGGCUCCUGUGCCUGCACUGUUCCCUUCUUACCUCCCUCUCCCCUUUCCCUGCCAGAUGCUGUGCUAAUGCCUC